UGUCAUAGCAGAGACUCUCUACCCUCACACACACAUCACACGAACGACCAUGGCGACGAGCCUCCCACCGGAGGUAAUCGUCGGCGUACUCUGCCGUCUAACCGUGAAAGACCUCCUCCGUUGUCGGCCAGUAUGCCGAUCAUGGCGCUCCCUAAUCGACGGUCCUGAUUUCAUCAAGCUCCAUCUCAACCACUCCAUGGAAACCAGCUCCAACCUCGGCCUGAUUCUCAACUCCGGCGACCGGGAGCUCCACUGUCUCGACCUCGACACUCUGCACCCGCCUCUACGGCUCAACUACCUUCCCGUCGUCAACGACGGAGACAGAAUCGAGAUUCUCGGUUGCUGCAAUGGCGUCCUUGCUCUGGCGAAUGCGUCCGGAUUAAUGGCUCUAUGGAAUCCUUCCACUCGAAGGUACACAAAAAUGUCUUUAUCUGAUGUUAUCGAGUCUCCAUCACGCGCUGUGUUUGAUUUUGGCGCAGCCGGGUUUGGGUACGACUCUGUAAACGAUGACUAUAAGUUGUUUAGGGUGUUUCAUUUAAAAGAUUUGGGUAUAAACCGUUCUCUUUCCGAAGCCAAGCUUUACAGCGUAAAGGCCAAGGCUUGGAAGACAGUAAGCGACUUCCCAUAUCACUACUAUGGUUACCAGCGUGGGAACGCUGUUCUUGCUAACGGUGCUUUGCAUUGGUUGGUGGGCGAAAAGCCAGAAUUGGACUCUUUGUUCUCAGUUGUUGCUUUUGAUCUCGUGUCUGAACAGUACUGCGAUAUUCCGUUGCCGGGUUACAAGGACAAGAAUUUCUAUGCGAACCUCGGGGAAUUAGGAGGGUGGCUUAGUGUGACGAAGAGUUAUAAUCCGGUUGAGAUAUGGGUUAUGAAGGAAUACGGUUGUAAGGGCUCUUGGACUAUGCUGUUUUCCGUGAUGCCUACUUAUGUGACUGGUCCUUUCAAUUAUGCGGAGCCUGUCGCGUAUUUGAAGAGUAGUGACCAGGUUGUCUUGGAUUUGGGGGGUGAGAAGAUUGCUUUGUAUGAUUUGGAAAAGAAGAGGAUCAAGACUUUGAGUAUAUUUGGUGUUCCGAAAUUUGUGGAAGCGCGCUUUUGUGUGCAAAGCCUUGUUGGAUUUGACGGUGAAAAGGCUACUAGGAAGAAGAAGGCUGGGGAGGAUGGGAACAAGGUAAAGAAGCAGAAGCAACAGCGUGGAGGGAAGAAGAGAGAUGAUUUCCUGUCAAAAGGGUUUAAACUGGUUUUAUGA